AUGUACGAAACGCUGUGUUCGGAGAAGAUCAAACCUCCAAAAGAACAAAGAGAACAAGAAGGCAGAAUCGAGUGUUGGAUGGGUGAUCUGAUGAAACUUGGAGAAUGUUGUUGGUUUGGUCUAGGAUAUCCAGAUCCAGGCACUUUCGAACCUGGUUACAACAUUAAAUCUUACAGAUGGGACAGUCCUUCCCACGAUGGAUGUUGUGUGAAGAUGUGCAACUACGGUAGCGAAGUCGGAUAUUGGUGA